AUGAUGGACGCUGCACUCCAAGGGCAGCAUUCCAUCAGGCUGCCCCCUGGUGUGGCAGCCAACCUGACCACCACUACAGGUGGUGUUGUCACCUCCCCGUUCUCUGACCCUCCCAGAGAAGGAGCACCACCGCCCAAGAAGAGGGCAAAAAUAAGGGAAGGGCUCCUCAAAUUCAUGAAAGAGCAGGCAGAGAGGGACGAAACGCGAGAGAGGGAGGCAGUGGCCAGAGAAGAGGUGAGGGAAAGAGGAGCAGCAGAGAGGGCAGAGAGAUAUUUAAAUCUAUUUGAAAAACUUGUUGACAAAUGUAAGUGUUUAAUCUUAUCAUUUUGUUUGCAGUUGUUAGUUCAGGGUUAUUAA